GCCAGCUGUAAGCUAAGGACUUUUGGCUUCUGCUAUCGGCUGCUGCUGAUACUGGGCAUCACGGCAUGGCCAUGCCUACGCUUGCCAGUCUGGCCCUGACCACCUGGGCAAUAACAUGUCGCCCACCCGGCGGAGGAAGCUGGUGUGGAUCAUUGCUGGGGUCGUGGUUAUUGUUGCCAUCGCAGUAGCGGUAGCCACCUACUUCGCUCUUCGUGACCCGGGUGAUGAGGCCCCAACACCGGACUCAGCCGUUCCCGAAGUCUCUGUGAUAGAGGGCAGACUUCGGGGAGAGUGGGUGGAGUUUCCUGAAUACAAUAUCCGUUACGCUGCUUUUCGAGGGAUCCCGUACGCACGGCCGCCUACAGGAGAGUUGCGCUUCAAGGCCCCGCUGCCCGCUGCUGGCUGGUCAGGCGUGCGGAAUGCAACCACGGAGGGUUCUGCGUGCCUGCAGCAGGACAUCUACACCCAGAAGUUGACUGGGUCUGAGGACUGUCUGUACCUUAACGUGUAUUCUCCGAGGGCCGAAGGCUCUACUGAACUUCUCGCCGUGUAUUUUUUCAUUCACGGAGGUUCCUUUCUGUUUGGCUCGGGGUCGAGCUUAACCUUCGGGCCGGAGUUCUUUAUGCUCAAUGAUAUGGUCGUGGUCACCAUCAACUAUCGCCUUAAUGCAUUCGGCUUCCUGAACUUGGAUAACGACGUCGUGCCCGGGAACGUUGGGAUUAAGGACCAGAUCGCCGCCCUCCAGUGGGUUCACAGGAAUAUUGAUGCGUUCGGCGGGAACCCAGACCUAAUCACCAUAGGGGGCCAGUCCGCCGGCGCAGUCUCAGCGCACUGGUUGUCUCUGUUGCCCGAGCCCAAAGACCUAGCACAUCGAGUCAUCCUGGAAAGUGGGUCGGCACUCCACAGCUGGGGGUACAACGAGGACAACUUUGACGUGGCGCUGGACUUGGGGUCCCGCCUUACUAACGGCAGCACCGUGAGUCUGCAGGACGUGGCGCGCCUUGUUAUGGAGCUCCCCGCCAUGGACAUCCUGGCUGCCGCAGUGGCACUGGCGAACGACAGCAUGAAUAGUAAUGCGACACAGAUCCCCUUCGCCACCUCACCGGAACGGAGGAGUCCACACGAUGGAUACGAGGCGCCGCUAAUUACCCAGGACCCCGAGAAGUACAUCCUAGCGGACAAGAACCCACUUCCAAUAUUUAUGGGAAUGAACUCGCGGGAGUGGCUCUUCAGCUUUUACUAUUACGGGUAUGCUGCGAGGCCUGACUAUAUGCGCUUCAGGAUAGCGCACCUGGACACCGUUUUCCCAAAGAACGUCAAGCCAUCAACUGAUACGGCUGCCUACCUAAAGCUCACCAACAAAUAUACCUUAGAGAGGGCGGUUGCGAAGACGUACCAAUAUUUCUUUCGAUACAACAACUCCGCUUGCGACGAUACAUGCGUUUUUAAAUUGUACCUCGACGACAUCGUCAUAGGCACCGAUAUGAAUCGCCUGGCAGAGCUGCGGGCGCGAAGCCACCGGUCUCAGACUUACGUGUACCGCUUCGCCGUCCGGGCCAACUACAGCACCUCUAACUUAGUGGAUCCGGCGCAGGCGACCGGCGGGGCGGUGCACUCUGAUGAGCUGGGCUACCUUUGGAAGAUGAGCGUGCUUCAACAGCGGCUCGAGGGUGAUGGCCUUGCGUCGGACACGCUGCGCCGGAUGGUCAAAAUAUGGUCGUCGUACAUCAGAAGCGGGAUCCCCGACCCCGGGCCAGACCACGAAGGCAAGUGGACGCCCAACGAGUUCCGCACCCUACCUGGCAACGUCAUCUUCUUAAAUAUCGCCGAGACCUUGGACGUCCGGGAAGAACCGAUUAUGGGCCAAAACGCUGAUUUCUGGCUCUUCACGUAUUCUCAGUACAGGGACGACAAGAGCGCGUAAAUUAUUAAAACGGUUAUGAAAAUAUAA